AUGUGGACGUGGACGUGGACGUGGACGUGGUCAUGGACGUGGUCGUGGACGUGGAGGACUUGGACGUGGAGGACUUGGACGUGGACGUGGACAUGGACGUGGACGUGGACGUGGACGUGGUCGUGGACGUGGUCGUGGACGUGGACGUGGUCGUGGACGUGGUCGUGGACGUGGACGUGGUCGUGGACGUGGUCGUGGACGUGGACGUGGACGUGGUCGUGGACGUGGAGGACUUGGACGUGGAGGACUUGGACGUGGACUGACGUGGACGCGGACGUGGACGGGGACGUGGACGCGGACGUGGACGCGGACGUGGACGCGGACGUGGACGUGGACGUGGACGUGGACGUGAACGUGGACGGGGACGUGGACGUGGACGUGGACGACGUGAACGUGGACGUGGACGUGGACGUGGUCGUGGACAUGGACGUGGACGUGGACGCGGACGUGGACGUGGACGUGGACGACUUGGACAUGGACGUGGACAUGGACGUGGACGUGGACGUGGUCGUGGACAUGGACGUGGACGUGGACGUGGACGUGGACGUGGGCGUUGACGUGGGCGUGGAUGUGGACGUGGACGUGGACGUGGACGUGGGCGUUGACGUGGUCGUGGACGUGGUUGUGGACGUGGACGUGGACGUGAACAUUGAUACGUGGACGUGGACGUGGACGUGGUCGUGGACGUGGACGUGGACGUGGACGUGGACGUGGACGUGGUCGUGGACGUGGACGUGGACGUGGACGUGGACGUGGACGUGCACGUGGACGUGGACGUGA